GCUGAAGUUCAGACUAGAUUUGCAUAAAACAAAUGCAAUGCCACCAGGUUCCUCUAAAGGUAACAUAAAGAUAUUAAAAUGUUGCAGUUAUAAAAUUUGACUAUGAGCAGUCAUGAAGAAAAAACAGCUCCAAAUAUUAGAAUGGAUGUUUGUUAAAGGCACAGUUGGAAAUACAAAUUGGAUGGGAGUUUACUGUGUUCAAUGAUGUAAUUAUCUCUACAAAGCAGACAGUGGUUUCACAGAUCAUUUGCUCACCCCACAAGGACGUCAAAUGUGAGUGAAAUCAACUCCUAGCAUGUAAGUAAGUGUAUGUGUUUGUGUGUGAGGAAUAUGAUUCAAUCCUAUUUUGCCAUUGUAAAGUUCAGCUAUUGUGUUGAUAAUGUUGUGCCAUUAUCUUACCUGAGUGAUGGCAGAAUGAUAUGUCUGGGAAUAAGCAGACAUUACAGUGUUGGUCAUCAGAAAGCAUGGCUAGGUUUUGUUAGUGCUGAAGCAUUGUUGAAAACGAACAGAAUGUGUUAGGCAUACGUUGCGGUAUUGAGCAGUGUUAGCCUAGGUGUCAAGCUGAAAUGAAAUUCUCAGGCUGUAUAGUGUACUUUACUGAGUUUAAUGUUGAAUGAGUGGUAAGGGCUAUGACAGAAUGUUGAAAAUAUGGAUUGCUUUGUAAUGUAUUUUUUUGUCAUUCAUAUAUUGCACUGUUCUACCCUUAAAACAGCCACAAUGUUUCCUCUGCAUCUACUUCUACUUAUAUCUGGAACACUGGCUAUGAAUUGCUCAAAUUCAGGUACUAGCACACCUCGACUAACUGGUGCUCCCCGCACACUGACUCUGUACCGGUACCCCCUGUAUAUAGCCUCGCUAUUGUCAUUUUACUGCUGCCCUUUACAUAUUUGUUACUUUUAUUUCUUAUUCUUAUUUUUUUGUAGGUAUUUUUUUUGUAGGUAUUUUAAAAUGUUUUACUGCAUUUUUGGUUAGGGCUUGUAAGUAAGCAUUUCACUGUAAGGUCUUACACCUGUUGUAUUCGGCGCAUGUGACAAAUACAAUUUGAUUUGACUAAUGAGCUCAAACUGUGUUUCAUUUUAAUGCACUGUGGGACCAAAUCAGUGGAGGCUGCUGUGGGGAGGACAGCUCAUAUUAAUGGGUGGAACAGAGCAAAGGGAAUGGCACCAAACACAUGGAAACCAUGUGUUUGACGUAUUUGCUACCAUUCCAUUCAUUCCGCUCCAGCCAUUACCACGAGGGCUUCUUCCCCAAUUGAUAUGGAGGACUUAAGUACACUUGAUUUGGGUUGAUAUUGAUGAUACCUUUUAUUUAGACACCACAACCGGGGAGAUUUCAAUGAAAAACAUUCUGAUCACCAUCAUUGAUAAAGCUGAGGAAAAUCUGAAAUGCGUUUGGGUCAUUGAAAGCUAUAUUGAGUGCACCCCAAUGAAUGUGACCUCGAUUAACCUCACUGACUGUCAGACGGUGCCGAUUUCUGUAGUCGAGAACUCAACCAACAAGUUGAUCUUCAACAUGUCUUCAUCCACGUGUGAGGUCACCAAGUGUACUGGGCCACCAGUCACUGCCCUGAUGAGAGAGAUACAAGACCAUCCCAGUGAGGGUCCAAAGGAUCUUAAAAGGGUCCUGAACAUGCGAAAUAUGUGUGCAGACCUGUUUAAAAACAAUCGGACCAUGAGGAUGAUGUUUAUUGGCGUUGAACGGUACCUGGUACACAAGAUGGUGAACGUCUCAAUCACUGGAGAGCCUGUGUACUACCACCUCAGUGAUCUGGCUCUGAUUGUGUUCAACCUGACCAACCUAACCAGUGCUGAUGACAAGAUGGUGAAAAUAAAAGCACCAGAGCUUCUCUCUGAGCACAAUUCUUACAUUCCGGAAACAUGGAUCCCUAUUGAUGCACUCCAGAACAUCCCAGAGGAAAAGAGGACUGUGGGCGUGGUCACCUAUAAAUCACCCAAUCAGUUCUUGUUUAAAGAGGAACUCGUGAGAACCAUGGUCAUACGGAUAGAGGUGGGCGGCGGCAGACAACUAGAGAACUUGACCACCCCACUGAAGAUGAAGUUCAAAUUGCUUGACCCUAUUAUACCAGUGAAUUACAGCCUGUCAUGUCAAUAUUUCAAUGAAUAUGGGAACAUAAGCCUCCCAGACACUGUCUUUUGGAAAACAGAUGGAUGUGUUACUAAGAUCAACGACAGCGUGGUGGAGUGUAUCUGUAGCCACGCUACGCCGUUUGCCGUGCUGCUGAUCGCCGACCUAUCUAUUGACAGUGCACACUGGCAGGUCUUGUCUUACAUCAGCUACAUUGGCUGUGGCUUGUCUGCCUUCUUCACCGCCGUAUCCUUCCUCACCUACGUCAUUACCACGAACUCCAGGGUGGACAACGCCAACAGCAUCCACGUGUCACUGAGCGGGGCUCUGUUCCUGCUCAACACCUCUUUCCUGCUCAACGAGUGGGGGGCCAGUCUGGGCAUCAGGGGCGUGUGUAUCUUCAUUGCGGUGGCCAUUCACUACAGCCUCCUCAGCUGUUUCACCUGGAUGGCCAUUGAAGCUGUCCACCUGUAUCUCCUCCUGGUCAAGGUGUUCAACACUUACUACCGACACUAUAUGGCCAAGCUGUCUGCCAUUGGUUGGGGAGUCCCUGGUAUCAUCGUGGGAGUUUCAUUGGCAGUCAAGGAUAUCAAACCAUUAUAUGGACCUACAGAAAUGACUAUGGCAGACACUAACCAGACAAACACAAUCUGCUGGAUCAUGGACAUCCCCUUCUUCUACAGUAUGAACCUGGCCUACUUCACCAUCAUCUUUGUCCUUAACUCUGGCAUUCUGUUAACGGUGACCACCCGGAUCUGCCAGCUGCAGCGCUAUGGCAGUAAGGGUAAGCCUGGGAAGGCAAGCCUGGCCUGGAAGGACAUCGGCACCGUCCUGGGUCUGACCUGCCUGCUGGGCAUCACCUGGGGCCUGGCCUUCCUCAGCUACGGCUAUGUCAACCUUCCCAUCCUCUACCUGUUCAGCAUUUUCAACUCCCUCCAAGGAUUCUUUAUAUUCCUAUGGAUCUGUGGCACUGCCAGGAAAGACAGGGAGCGGGUGGCGAAUACCAAGAGCACAUCAGCAGCUCUGAACACCUCUACAGCCAAACCCAAGGAGGAGAUGUUCCCUGGCAACAACCGCUACCAGUAAACAAUGUCUGUCCAUAAUGGAGAUCACCCAUAUCUUCUUAGAUGGCAAGGGAGUUUUGGCUUUGUGCCUAAUGGCAUAUGCAUUGUCUCUUUCUUUCUCUUUCAAAUUGAGUUAUCGUUUCUACACCGGUUGUGUUGAUGUAUUGUCACGGAUCCCUCUGGAACUUUCAUUGCGCACACCUGGCCCCUAUUCCCACUGAUUGUAUUUGUAUAUAGGUGCCCUUUAUUCACCAUGGUAGGGACGAUUAUUGUUAUAAUGUCCGUUGGUGCGUGUGAGCACCUGUGCUGUGUGUUUUGGGCUUUCGUGCUCUUGUGGAUUGUGCAGAUGAUUACGGGUCUCGUCCCGUGUGUUAAUCAUUGUGUGUGUGUGUUAUUUAUUUGAGGUACUCCUCGCUCUUUUGUUUGGGUUUCAACCCUGUGUCUUUGUUAGGUGUUUGUUUGGUCUUCGUCCCCAUGCCUUUACACGGCACGCCGUAAUUUGGGGCUGAAUAAAAAAAAACGAUUACGCAUUCCUGCGCCUGUCUCCCGAAUCCAUUUAUACCAACGUGACAUGCAUUUUCUUCUGUAUCAUUCCAAUGUAUUUAUUGGGAAAGUGCUUUGAGGGAAUCAUUUUACUUGAAGUGUACGUUGUUUAUGAUUAUCAACCUUCAUUAAAUAUCCGAUCUCAAGUUGCUGAACUGACUGUUGCAUAAUUAGUCAGAUACAAACCAAAGGAUUUAGUUUCCUGCAUACUAUGAGUUUUCUCUAUGGUUGCUGUGGUAAAGCAGAAUGAAAUUAGAUUUUCAAGUGUACUGAUAGGGCAUACAUAUUUAAAAAUAUAUAUAUACUGUCAAUAUUCUAUUUCAAAUUAGUUACUAUACUGUGUUACACAAAGAAAGUCCAUGUAUCAUCAAAGUGAGUUUGUGAGAUCUUGUUGGCGUAGUGCAACAAGACGUAAACUGUGACCUAGGUUUUUCACAAUUUUUGGGAUAAAGCCCACAUAUUCUCAACACAUUGAGACAAAGCACUCUGAUGUGAUAAACGUUUUCACACAGCCUCAUCAUUAUUCGUUUCACAAUCUAUCACUUAAUUUUCUAACUCAACUCUGGAAAGUGUGUUGCAAUCUGGUAAUGUCUACGUUUGAACUAAUAUCACUUCUGCAGAAAGUGUCUCACUGGGAGCAAUAGGUUCUCAAAUGCACUCAUGAUUGACCAUUUCUUUAUGAUUGUGAAACAGAGACAUCCUCUUUUCUAGCAAUUGUCUGGUGAGUGGCAGAAUGAGUCUUAGAGAUGCAGAGAAAUGUCACAAUAUAGGAAUUUUUUUUGAUGAUUCUCACUGAAAUGUUUUGAUUAUAUUGAUUUAUCUAACAUUAACUCCCCCCCCCUCCCCCAAAAAAGGACUACAAAGGACAUAAGCUUUCAAGCUUUAUUGUGUCAUUCUUGAUGAUUUUUCUUAAAUUGUAUGUGGAGGCGUCUUAAGACCAGUAUGUUUUUUAUUUCUAUUGUCUAAUAAAUUGAAUCAAUCACUAAUA